ACUGCCAUGUUGGAUGAGGCUGGCUGUGCGCUCUCUGGCGGCUGCAUUCCCAGGAAAGUUUUGUGUUCCUAGUCUUUGCUCAGACUCCUGCGUUUUUUUUCAUCGUUUGGAAGUGGAUCGGGACGUAGUGUUGAAUCUCCCAGACAUCCAGGAGCAGCUCCGCGGGGUGAGGUCUCUCAGGUGUGAGGGGGACGAAGCGAGGCCACGGAUGACCCAGGGAUUGUUUAUGUAUCUUUUUGGAUCUCAUAUCUGGACUUAGACUCGGUGCAGACUUCACAAACUCUACACAAGUAUGAGUGGACAGCCGCCGCAAAGGCGGCCAGCAAACGUCGGCUCCAUGUUAUUAACACCUCAAGAAAACGAAUGCCUGUUCAACCACCUCGGCAGGAAAUGCAUGUCACUCUCCUCUGCUGUGGUCCAGGUGUUCACCGCAGAGAGGAACUCUAGCUGGAGCAAGAGAUGCUGUGGAGUGGCCUGUCUGGUCAAAGACAACCCCCUACGCUCCUACUUCAUCAGAGUCUUCGACCUCAGGGAUGGAAAAAUGAUGUUUGAACAGGAGCUCUACAACAACUUCAACCUCUCCUCCUCCAGGCCGUACUUUAUUACAUUCACUGGAGAUACAUGCCAAGUGGGUCUUAACUUCGCCAAUGAGGAGGAAGCAAAGCAGUUCCGUCGAAAUGUCUCAGACCUCGUGGGGAGAAAACAGAGAAAGACUGAGAAAAGACGCGACCCUCCAAAUGGUCCCUCUUUGCCGAUGGCCACAGUCGACAUCAAAAACCCAGAGAUCAGUGUUUCACGCUUCCAUAACAACUCUCAGGUGAACAACCUCGUGUCCUCGCCCUUCCCCAAGAGAGAGAGGAAGCCCAAAGGCGGCAAGAAGAAGAAACUGACCAAGGCAGAUAUCGGCACCCCCAGCAAUUUCCAGCACAUAGGACACGUAGGAUGGGAUCCAAACACAGGCUUUGAUCUGAAUAAUUUGGAUCCAGAGUUAAAAAAUCUGUUUGAUAUGUGCGGCAUCUCUGAGACCGACCUGAAGGACAAAGAGACCUCCAAAGUGAUCUAUGACUUCAUCGAGAAAAAAGGAGGAGUCGAGGCUGUCAAAAAUGAGCUGAGACGACAAGCUCCUCCCCCUCCACCACCCUCCCGCGGCGGCCCCCCUCCUCCUCCCCCUCACCACGGCUCAGCCCCUCCACCUCCUCCUCCAGCGCGUGGUCGUGGAGCUCCGCCCCCUCCUCCCCCCUCCAGGGCUCCUUUCAAUGCCCCUCCUCCACCCCCACCCAGUCGUCCAGGCAUGGGGGCACCACCACCUCCACCCCCCAGCCGCGGUGCCCUGCCUCCCCCUCCUCCCCCUACCCAUGCCUCUCUGCCCACAGGCCCUCCUCCACCGCCUCCUCUUGGGCCACCUGGCGGAGGAGGAGUGCCACCACCGCCACCUCCACCCCCACCGCCUGGCCCGCCCCCACCCGCUCCACCCGCUCUGCCCGGCAUGGACGCUAACGGAGGAGAAGGGAAGUCUGCGCUGCUCAGUCAGAUCCGAGAGGGAACGCAGCUGAAGAAGGUGGAUCAGAAGGAGCGACCCGUAUCAUCAGUGGGAAGAGACGCACUUCUGGACCAAAUCAGACAAGGAAUACAACUCAAACCUAGAGAAGAAACGGACUCCACCCCAGCAACCCCCGCCCCCUCGGCUGGUAUCGUGGGAGCUCUGAUGGAGGUGAUGCAGAAAAGGAGCAAGGCCAUUCACUCCUCAGAUGAGGACGACGACGACGAUGAAGACGAGGACUUUGAUGAUGAGGAUGAAUGGGAAGAUUAGCCUUUUUUUUUUUUUUUUUUAUUUUCCCCAAACCUGUAGAUGACACUAAACUGUCUUUGUCUAUCAACACAAAUUUUACUUUCAGAAUUAUAAAAUGUAAAUGUUCUAUCUACUUUCUGUACAUUUCUGUUGCCUUUAUUGCUUUUUUUUUAUUAAUCUGUGCAAUACCUCAUUUCAUCUGUAAAUGUUUUUCAUUUAUUUUUCUAGUCUUGGAUUUUAACAGUGCUUUUGUUCCUCUCCCACACUGCUAGACUCUUGUUUUUGUCACCUCCAUCUGUCACUCAACUGUCGCACCUUUCCUCACGAUUACUUACUGUGCCCUAUUUUCUUAUAAAUGUGCAAUUUUGCAUCAACUUGUCUGUCAAAUCUUGAGGCAAAUUUGCUUUUUUUCCUAUCUUAAACUGAUUGAGGGAUGGCCUUGCAAAAAAAUCCUUUAUACAUCAUCAUUGUUCAUCAAGAGGGAGAAACUAUUUUCAUACCUUAGUCUCUGUAGUUUUUACUUAAUUCAAAUGAUUCUAUAGUUUAACACUUGUUUUUUUCUUUAAACAAAUGGGGGGAAAAGCUUAAUUUGCUAUCAACUGUAAAUUUGAGUCUAUUUUUGCACAAAUAGAAAAGAAGAGACAUUUUCAGGACUGUAUAGUUGUUAAAGAUACAAUACAGUAUACAGUACAAUUACAUAUGCAUAACGAUGGACAUUUUGAACUUUAACACACUACAUACAAUACUUCUGGCCCAAUCCUCUGGCUUGAUAACUGACAUGAUCAUAUUGGAUAAUUAAAGCAAGAAGAGUAUUCAAAUGGUUUGAAUUGGUUGUGUUAAUAUGCAUCUAUCAAUGUGUACAAUGUAAAUGAUACUUGGAUGCCACUUGCAGGAAUAAUUGCACUCAAAUCAUGCAUUUUCAAAUAAAAAAAAACUUGAUUGUUGUCAUAGGAAUAUAAAGUAGUAAAGAAGUGUAAUAAUAAAAGUGAACUUAUUUUAUGGCACACUAAUUCAAAUGCAUAUCUCUGAAAAAUGUUUUAAGUGGAUUUGUCUUCACUUAAUAUGGGAUAUCCUGCAUCAUAUGUGACCAAAUGCUUUGUAUGAUACAAUAGCAUAAACAUACUUUGUCUUUUAGUGGGUGCGUUAUAUGAUGCAAUAGGAAAAUAAUUUUCAAUUGUUGAUUAAAGAUGUUUGAACCUGCUUAUUGUGAAAUGCCAUUCUAGUUUAUGGGAAGCAGGGCCUUCUUCUCAGCUGGGAAAUUGGGAAAUUCUGUUGGUAACUGUCAAUACAAUGUCAUGGACUCCAGAUUUAUCAAUGUGGCUGGACACAUACAAAGGUCUUACAAUGUACACUCCAAUAAAAAUGCAUACAUUA